AUGGCUCGUGGACGGUCCCCCGUCUCGCUCAUGGCGCGAAAACCUCGCAUCAAAAUCGCUGCGGUAGCGUUCCUGUUAUGCGUCGUCUACUUCUAUUGGGCUCCCAUUGCCGAAUCGUCGACAUCCAUGCAGCGAAGCCAUGGUGUUCCAGAGAGCGACCUGCAAACAUUCGCGUCGCAUGCAAUCAACAACACGGUAGUCAUUGUCCCGGUGAAUACGGGCAUGCUCCAUUUGAUGGAAAACCUGCUCUGCUCUCUUUCCGCGACCUCCUUCAACCCGAAAUCCAUCGUGUUCUGGGCCCUGGAUGAGGGUGCGCAGACCACGCUGGACCGCAGGGGGUUUGCCACCUAUCGAGAUGCAUCUCUUUGGGCCGAAAGCGGCAAUCUCAACGUCCACGGCAACACUCCGGCCUACCAUCGAAUGAUGCGCCAACGCCCGCAGUUCUUUGUCGAUUUUCUAUCCACAGGCUAUGAUGUUCUCAUGAUUGAUGCCGAUCUUGUGUUUUGGCAAUCGCCCCUGGUCAUCAUGCCACAGAACGACAGCGACAGAGCAGCCGUCGACAUGGUCUACAGCACCGAUGCGCGAGAAUUCUACACCAGCCAUGAUGCCUUCCAAGACGAGUAUCGCAGAGGCUCGCUUGUGCCGCCAAUUUGCAACGGUUUAUUCUGGAUGAAGAGCAACAACGAGACUAUUUCGUUGUGGUCAGAGAUGCUUGAUGUGUUUGAAGCCCCCUGGUGGCGGAUGGGAAUGUAUCGGAGCCGCGUAUUCCAGGAUGACCAGCGCGGCAUGGAUGUGCUGCUGAACGAUGGGCGAGCAGGCCUCGUUGAGCCGUUUCCGAGCGGCAUCACCCAAGACAUGAUACCCAAAAGCAGCAGCAAGAGGAGACUAAACGUGAGAUUACUUGACCAAACCCAAGUCGUCAAUGGCCAACUGUUCAUGUUUCGCGAAAACACAUAUGCCGAGAGUUUGAAGCAGCUUCGCGGGGAGGGAAAAGAUCGAAUAGCCGCGCAUAUGAACUGGAAUACGGAGUUGGUUACAAAAGAGGAGGGGGCUAGAAGGAAGAAUAUAUUCUUUCUGGACGAAAAUGGCGAUUGCAAAGCAUAA